AUGGGGGUGAACCCCUACGAAGCAGACCCUAAGCGGGUGCCGAAGAAGGAUCCGUACCUGGGUCGAAGUCCUCAUUACGGACGCUAUGCUCCUCAGGCUGACGAUUUUGAACCUGAAUUCAAGGACUGGCACAGUUCCGAAAGCGAAACACAGCGGGAGUAUUGGGCGGAGAUCGUGCGGCAACACUGUACACCCAAAAACUCGCUCAACGUUGUCGGGUCUCGCGCUGCGUUCGCAAUUGGUAAGGUCUUGAUACACGUGGAUGGCGAUCGCGCUGAAGGCACUGCCGCCGAGCGAUACUCGUGCCUCAAUGCGAAUGAAUUGAUCGCCUCUAGGAAAGCUGAAGAACACUUGAAAGACUUGAAUGUUGCCGUCCCAACCAUAUUCUUCUGCGGAACAAUCGACCAAAAGAAUAUAGUGGUCGAAACUCGUAUACCUGGAGUAUCACUGGAAGUCGCAUGGAAUUAUCUAACGACGAGUGAAAAAAACGGUUUCAAGACACAAUGUCGGCGCAUUCUGCAACGUCUUACGGCUAUCGAUGAUCACUUCGUAACCCCGUCGUACGCAUUCGAAGGUCUGAAUGGCGUUCCACAACCGGAUAUAGCCGACGUCGAGCAAGAUAUCCUGUUUGCGUCGCGGGACGAGGAUGAGGUUUUAUGUCUUACGCAUAACGACAUGGUGCGAUCAAACAUUAUAGUCGACAACGGUCAGGUGGUCGCAAUAACUGGUUGGCGACAAAGCGGCUACUUUGGGCACGAACGAGCAAAGAAGAUCCAUCGUCUACUCCGUAUACCUGAACGUUCACACAUCUUUUCGUCGGGCGAGAGAUCUACACAGGAUCAAGCGUGGGCUGAUUUAUAUGACUUCCUGGAUGCUAGCGGAGAACCUAUACAGGACAGGAAUGGACACGAUAGCGAGCCUAGAGUUAAAACCGAAAUAGCAGCCGCAAGUAUAGAGAAAGUCCCUGCGGCGCAGUCUGGGGCUCGCACUCCGCAAUAUGAUGGUGCCGAUGAACACCCAACACCAAAGAAGAUUCAUGAUCUAAAACGCGGAUCAACAUCAAGAGCAUCAUCUAUCGACAGAUCCUCGCCAUCGGCUCCAUUGAUCCCAUCAAAACUCGGGCCAAACGCGCGAAAGUCCUCAUCCGUAUCUACGAAGAAAGCGUCUAUAGCGACCAAGAUUCCGUCGAAGAAACGAAAGAUUGAUGCCCUGGAUACAGAAAGUGUUGGUGACCGGCGGUCCAAUAGUCCUGCGUCUUCGGUCAAAGGGCCAACCGCUAAGAAGCGACCAACAUCCUCGGUAAACGGAUCACCAGCCCCAGAAAGUAAGAAGAGCAAGCCUACAAAGAAGAAGCCUUCAUCGAAACAGAGUGCCGCGACCACUACCUCUACGAAUGGACAACAGCUAGAAGAGGAGGAUGAUGAGGCCGGUAGCGACGUUGAGAACCCCGACGAAGUGUUCUGUAUCUGCCGCAGACCUGAUAAUCAUACGUGGAUGAUUGGCUGUGACGGCGGGKGCGAUGACUGGUUUCAUGGGAAGUGUGUCAAUAUCAAACAGGAAGAUGAGGAACUGAUUGAGCGAUAUAUUUGUCCCAAUUGCAAUGAGGCCGGAAAAGGCCAAACCACGUGGAAACCAAUCUGUCGCUUGAAAGGUUGCAGGAAACCAGCACGAAUAACCAAACCGAGAAUCAGCAAGUAUUGUUCAGAUGAGCACGGCCGAGAAUUUAUGCGCCAGAUGACAGGGCAGCUCAGAUCGACGCAUUCCGGUCCUGCUUCUACACUUACCCCGUCGGCGCUAGAUCGUGUUCGGGAGAUCAAUCGAAAUCGCGAUAGCCGCAGUGUCGAUGGCGACGGCGACUCCGUCAUGGAUACCAAUGACGAAGAUGACGAGCACGAUCAGCGUGGUCGACCUGUGCUGGAAGAGCUUGGCAGUAGAGGGGGUAUUUUGACGGUCAGUGAUCUCAAGGCUGUGAUCAUGGGGGUAUCAUCUUCCGUCGAGUUCCGACGACUGGGUAAUACAUUGAUCACGCCUCCACCCUCGUCUUCGCCACCAGCGAGACAGAUAGAGACGACAGCGAAGGUGGAAGAUGAGGACGACGAUGAAGAUGGGGCCAAGUCAAAAAGAAAGAAAGACGGUAAAGGAAAUACAGCAGUCCAAGAUGAGGAUGAUCUCGAGCAAGAAGAAUUGUUCAAGUCAGAUAAAUUGGGCUUAGACAUCAAUCCACCGGGCGUCAAUUACUCCGCCGCAGAGGAAGCUAAAUUACAAGAAUUACGCGCGCGACGCGAGCAAUACCGACAUCAACGACGGAUGAUAGCACGGCGCAAUGGAUUCCUAGGCCUAGUGAGAGCAAAAGCAAAAGCGGUACUCGAUCGUCUCAAAGCCAAAGAGCCAAAAGGCGGGUGGAAAGAUAUCUGCGGCUGGGACGCGCGUAUGUCUUGGAAUGAGGAAGAACUCGAUGAUUGGCGCCAGAAUACGGAAACGGGCCGAAAGGCCUUUGAAGAGGGUAAACUCGAAGCCGAGCCGAUUGACAACCUUGCAAGCAAUGGUGUCGCUAUCAGUGACGAUGAGGAUGACGACGACGACGAUGAUAACGGCAAGAACAAAAAGAAAAACAAACAUAAUCGUAAUAAUAAUACCACCAAGGACGCCGAAUUCGCCGAGUUCUCUCGAGGUGUAUGCAUGAAGAAACGGUGCGAUCGACAUAAACAAUGGGUCAAAAUUGUGCAGCAAGACAUUGCAUUCGAAGAGGCUAUGCUAAAGAAUGAAUUCGAGGCAUGCGAGAAGGAAGCCAAUGCGAUUGCUGAGGGAGCUGUUUUGAGGACACACGCUGGUUGA